GUACAGUUGACCCCGGAAUGAAGUCUUCCCCAAACACAUCCAACUUAACUAUAAUUAACCUAUGCUAAUGAUUCAGAGUCAUCUUCUUCCUCCUCCUCACAGAGUCAUCAAAACCCAGAGAACCCUUAGAGCUGAGGAGCUGAGCUAUGGCGGAUGCCGUAGUUGGGCAGCUCGUAAACCGGCUAGUCCAAGUAGUGGACGAAAACGUGGUCCUAAUAAAGGAGAUUAAAAACCAAGUGGACACCCUAGUGGGAGACCUUAAAUCUUUAGAGGCAUAUCUAAAACAAGCCUCGAAGAAACAGAGCGCAAGUGACAACGACGUGCUAAAAGACGUGGUGGACAAGAUCCGGGGCGUGGUGAGUGAUGCGGAAGACGCCAUCUCUAAGUACACAGUGGAGAGAAAAAAGUACAAAGAUAAAGGGUGGGUGAGAUGCUUCCAAUCGCCGGCUUAUUACGCCAGAGUUAAGGCUUCUGCUAAAGAGAUCCAAGGCAUCAUCGAGAAGGUUGAGAGAAUCCGGAGAAACCAUGGCGAGGAUCUCAAGGAACUCAUACAUGAUAACAACCCCAAAGAUCAACCUGCAGCUUUGCCCAUCAUGGCUCCUGUGGUGGAAGAAGUUGAUGUUGUAGGCUUUGAUGGUGAGGCAACCACUAUAAAGAAUCUUCUUAAAGGUGGGUCAAAUGAUCUAACUGUCAUCUCAAUUGAAGGAAUGGCGGGACUCGGUAAAACUACAUUAACCAAAAUGGUGUUUGAAGAUCGUGAUAUUCAAUUUGAGUUUUUCACUCGCCUUUGGGUUUAUGUUUCGAAAACUUUUAAUAGAAGGCAAAUAUUUCUGGACAUUCUGAGCUCCUUCACCAAAACUACCAAAGACUUUCAAAAUAUGUCUGAUCAGAGUUUAGUUGAUAAAAUAAAAGAAUAUUUGAAGGGCGGAAAGUAUUUCAUUGUAGUUGACGAUGUGUGGAGGGAGAAUGAUUGGGACUGCUUGAAAAUUGCUUUUCCAGAUAGUAAGAAUGGUAGUAGAGUCUUGUUAACCACUCGACACCACACUGUGGCUUCACAUGCUGAUUCUACUCGCGACCCCCACCAGCUAAAAUUCUUGGAAAACGAAGAAAGCUGGGAGUUACUAAAGAAGAAGGUUUUCCGAAAAGAAAGAUGUCCUAAACCAUUAGAAGAUACCGGGAAACGCAUAGCCCUAAAAUGCAACGGGUUACCACUUGCAGUAGUGGUGAUUGCUGGUGUCCUAGAUAAAAACAGCACAGCAGCAGAGUGGAAACAAUUAGCAGAAGACCCCUUCCCUGUUAUUAACAAAGAGAACCAGAGCUACAAUACUCUAGUAAAAUUGAGUUAUGAUCAUUUGCAUUAUACCUUGAAAGAUUGUUUCCUAUACCUUGGAGUUUUUCCUACUGGGCAUGAAAUUGCAGCAUGGAAAUUGAUUCGCCUAUGGAUAGCAGAAGGAUUCAUUCUGCCAGCGGAAGGUGGAAACCGCUUAGAAUUGGAGGGCACAGCUGAGAAAUAUUUGAAAGAACUCGUCGACAGGAAUCUCCUAAUGGUGUUGAAAAGACGAGCAGAUGGUCAGAUCAAAACAUGUCGGAUUCAUGACACAUUACACGAGUUCUGCAAAACAGAAGCUGCAGCCAAGAAUCUCUUCCAUGAAAUGGAUGGAGUUAGACUCGAGUCGUUAAAGAAAACCCCUCGUCGCAUUUGUGUUCACUCGACUGUUCUAGACUUCCUUAAAUCAGAAAGAAAGCCAUCUGGUGAGCAUGUCCACUCUUUCUUGUCAUUUUGCUCUAAUGAAAUAGACACUCCAAUUGAGCACUUGGCAACCAUUCCGAAAUCCUUUCCUAUUCUUAGGGUUAUGGAUGUUGAAUCCCUUAAGUUCAAACUAUUGCCUAAACAGCUUUAUGAACUCUCUUAUCUGAAGUACCUUGCAGUCUCAACUGACCUAAAACUCCUCCCCAAGGUGUUUAGUAGGCUUUGGAACAUCCAAACACUCGUGUUCAACACCACAGAGAACAGCCUUGAAGUUAAGGCAGACAUAUGGAGCAUGUCGAAACUAAGGCACGUGCACAGCAACACUUCGAUGUUGCUGCCCCCGCCUCCAAAGAACAACUCGGGAAGUAUAGAAAUACAGACACUUUCUACCAUAUCCCCUUCGAGUUGCACCGAGGAGAUUCUGGAGAAGACUCCAAAUCUUCAGAAGCUGGGAAUUCGCGGGAAUUUGGCUGAGCUUAUGGAGAGCAAGGGGGGAGUUAGUUUGUUUGACAAUCUUCAGAGGCUAGAUUAUCUGGAAAAUUUGAAGCUCAUAAACAAUGUCCACCAGACCAGCAAAUUGCGACGAUUUCCUCAUGCUGACAAGUUCCCACGCACGCUAAGAACGAUGACUUUAUCAAACACAUCUUUCGAGUGGAAGGACUUGAAUAUUUUGGGCUCUUUAGACGAGCUUGAAGUCCUCAAGCUGGAGGAGAAUGCAUUCAGAGGAGAGUUCUGUGAUUUAAGCAACAUUGUUUUCAAACAACUGCAAUAUUUGCGAAUUGGGAGGACUAAUUUAUUGUCAUGGAAGGUUUCCAAGGAUAGUUUUCCAGCACUUAAACAUCUCAUUCUCAGACAUUGCACUGCCCUUGAAGCUGUUCCGUGUGACUUUGCUCAAGUGGAGAGCCUUAAGGUGAUGGAAUUAUUCUGUACCAACAAAAAGGCAGCCACUUCUGCUAAAGAAAUACAAAAGUUGAAUGGAUUUCAGCUCUUAACCUAUCCUCCAGAUCAUUAAGUUUACUUGAGCUCAGAGACGACGAUCGAUGGGGUGUCUGACCAUUCAGUGGUGUGAAUUUCUUGCUGCUAUUGUCAUUCUUUUGCAUCUUCUCAAGACUAUGUAUUAUAUUGUUGUUUGUUGUUAUUAUCCUUUUUGUUUCCACUGCCAUUUUGCUAUUUCGGACCUCGAAAACGUCUAAAUUAGACUUAAUUUGUGGUCUCUAUUAAAAUUGUAGUCUUUUGAGUUGUCAUUUUAACACCACUUAAUUAAAUCACCUCAUUUAGA